AUGGCUCCUCACAUCUCGUACACCAUCGACCUCGUCUUCCGCCAAGAGCGCCGCGGAUUCUUCUUCUGCACCGCCACAGCCCGCUACGCCAACAUCCUCGCCGGCUACCUCAAGUCCGAACCCCCGCCCGACUACGAUUCCCUCCUCCUCUGCAUCACAAUCGCCCAUUCGACCACGGACCUGACCGUCCCGAUCAAGGCGUUCCACUCCGACCAGUCCUCUUACCACAGCAACAAAGGCGCUACUUCUACUACCAGCGUGCUUGUGCGGCGCGACAAGUUGGACGCCAACGCCCUGGCUAGGAAUGAUAGCAUCGGCCUUGUCACGGCGGAGAAGUGGGCCAUGUAUGUUGUCCCGUGGAUUGAGAUCUCGAAUGUCGAGAACUUGACUGAAUGUGUGCUGCGUGCUGAGCUGGUCAGGCCGCCGACGUGUGGGAGUAUGCGGGCGCCGAUGCAGGGAGUCAACACAGACACAAUCUACCUCGUCCCUCGAGGCUUGUGGAGCAUUUGCUUGAUGCAAAGAGAACACAGUAUGCAAAGUCAAGACUCCCUACUGGACCGCAUUCUAUGGGCCAAGAAUGAUUAA